AUGUGUUUCCCAGUUCUUUUCAUAUCUAUCUAUCUAUCUAUCUAUCUAUGUCAGACCUUUCACAUAUCCAUCUAUGUCAGUUCUUUUCAUGUCUAUCUAUCGAUCUCACUUAGAUCUAUCUAUCUAUCUAUCUAUCUAUCUAUCUACUUAAAAUUGCUAUCUAUCUAUCAACCUGUGUCUUUGUAUGUCUGUCUGUCUGCCUAUCUAUCUAUCUAUCUAUCUAUCUAUCUAUCUGUUUUUCUCUAUAUAUCUAUCGGUAUCUCUGUCUAUCGAUCUAUUUUUGUCGGUCUGUGUUCUUCUGUCCGUUUAUCUAUCUAUCUAUCUAUCUAUCUAUGUGUCUCUCUUUUCUAUUUGUUUCUCAACAUAAAAUUUCUAUCUAUCUAUCUAUCUAUCUAUGUGUCUGUCUCUCUGUCUGUGUUUCUCUUUCUCUAUAUCUAUCUAUCUAUGUGUCUGUCUCUCUGUCUGUGUUUCCUUUCUCUAUAUCUAUCUAUCUAUCUAUCUGUAUGUCUGUCUGUCAAUCUACGUGUCUGUCUGUUUUUCUCUAUAUAUCUAUCGGUCUCUUUGUCUGUCUAUCUAUCUAUGUGUCUGUCUCUCUGUCUGUCUUUCUCUUUCUCUAUAUAUAUCUAUCGGUCUCUCUCUCUAUCUGUGUUCUUAGGCCUAUCUAUCUAUUUAUCUAUCUAUCUAUAUGUCUGUUUUUCUCUAUAUAUCUAUUGGUCUCUCUAUCUAUCUAUCUAUCUACCUCUAGCCCCCUCCCUCUUUCAUAUACCCUUUCCUUCUUUUCACAUUUUCUCACGUUUCUUCUCUUUCUCUCAUUCCUACCCCUCCCUACCUCCCUUAUGA